CACUCACACCAAACAUCCCCGUCAUUUUGUGCGAGCUCUCGGGUGUGUAGGGGACCCGGUGGGCAAGAAUCGGCCCUUGGCCGGGCCUCCAACCAACUGGGAGGAAGAACUGCAAUCUGCUAGGGGUGGAGGCGGGUUAUUGGUUGGAUUAGGAUAGAAAACAGCAUUUGCUGUGGGUGGAAUAGAGGAGUGUUGCGCAUUCAGCGCUAGGGAUGUGCUGCUAAUCUGAUGCUGUGCGUAAAUCGGAUCAUUGUGUAGCAGGGAGGUGAGACGGGCCAUGUUGUUCCGGCAAAUAUUUUUAACCAGUGACACGGUCCUACGAACUGAGCCCUGUAAACUCUCUGGAAGCCUCUGAGCAGCACCUGACAGCGCGACUGCUUCCCACAACCGACUCACUGCCAUUCUAUUGGUAUCACUGCGCCAAUCCCAGUGAAGAAUGAACUUUGUACAGAUAGCACUGGCCUCUCCAUCCUCCAUUACACUUUUGUGACCGCCAUUCCUUUACAAGUUAUGGAUCCUAGGGUCCCAUCUCCCCUCCACCUGUGGAAUCCGUGCACCUUUGGUACUUACUCCCAAACUUGUCCUACUAACAAAGCUGAAGACUGUGAGACCAGUAAAGAAAACAUGAAAGCAGCAGAUGAACACGUCUUGCCUACUGAAAUGCCUCGGUGUCACAGAUCUGGUGAUGACCGUGUUCUAUUGGAUACCUGGUAUGUGAUCAAGCCAGGAAAUACCAAGGAAAAGGUGGCCUUUUUUGUAGCCUACCAAUGCUCAGGGGGUGGAGCUUCACCACGUCCUGGUGGCCCUAAAGUCAAAGGUCGCUGGACUGCAGGUGGCAGUUCUAGGGCUAAGAGAAGACGCCACGCCCUUGAACCGGAUACUCCUCCCUCUGUAGCUGAAAUGGUUGCUUUGGCUGAGAAUCGUGGAGAAGAUGUUAUGACCCCCAGGCCUCCUGUGGUGCUUUUGAAUUCAGAGGAAGAAGGAGAGGCCCAAUGCCAAAGUGUGGCAGAGGCAGUGGCACAGUAUGAAGCAGAGCGUGAGGUUCGAAUUGCCUUCCGUGUGGCUGAGCACCCUGGUGACCCCAUAACUUGUGAUCUUUACCAGCUGCUCAGUCCAGAACCACACCGUGUUCGAGUUCUUUUAGAAAAGAUGGAGAAGCCACAAGCAGAGAGGGAGGAGGAGAGUCAAGCCACUGCUUCUGCUGCUGGAUUCCAUGUUGACCUGGUUCUCACAGGAGCUGUGGAUCGAUGUGUUUUUUAUGGAGGAGAGGCAGGUGAAACAGAGCCAAUUCCUGGUCAGCUUUUCUUCCCAAAUGUAACAUCUACCCCUCAGGCACCCCCUCCACCUCCACCAUCUGUUCCCCCACUUUGCCGACUUUACCGCCAUGUCUCCCAUGAUUUCUUAGAGAUACGCUUUCAGGUUCAGCAGCUAUUACAGCCACGGCUUUGUCUCACGUCCUUGCCUGACCAUGUCCUCCUAGCUAUUUUCAGCUACCUGUCCACAAAAGCCCUAGCAGCUGUGAAGUGCACAUGCAAGCGUUUUCGAGCACUGAUUGAGGACUAUGGGUUGCGGCCAUGUGACUCGCGUUGGAGUCGUGACCCCCAGUAUCGUGAUGACCCGUGCAAACAGUGCAAAAGAGUAUAUCGGAGGGGAGAUGUGUCAUUGUGUAGGUGGCACCUAAAGCCUUACCAUCAUGAUUUGCCCUAUGGACGAUCCUAUUGGAUGUGUUGUCGACGUCCAGACAAAGCAGCUCCUGGCUGCCAGCUGGGAUUACAUGACAAUAAUUGGGUGCUACCAGGAGAGAGCUGUAGAGGGAGAGGAAGAAGAAAUGGGGAAGGGGAAGAAGGCAGGUGAAAUGAUUAAAGGGUUGACUGCGGUGUAUGAGAGUUUAAAUAAAAGGCAUUAUUUAUAACUGUA